GCUUUAGUUUGUGUCUGGGCGCUCCCGCGGCCGCGCGCUCAGUGACGUCAAAGCGGCAGCAGAGACGGAGAUAGCGGGACAGAUCUGAAGGGACAGAUAGAGCGACACGACAGAGAGAUUCGCCGCCCGUUAGCUGUCGCUGUCACCGGCACACUGGGACUCAUCUCCAUCCCCACUGUUUCAGCCGUAGCCAGGAAACAAACCCUCGCAAACCCGCCGCCGGGAGAAGGACCCGGGACCCCCUCCGCCCGCUCCCGCCGGACCCGGGACUCCCCCCCGAGCAGUCAUGGGCUGCACACUGAGCGCGGAGGAGAGAGCAGCGCUGGAAAGAAGCAAACAGAUCGAGAAGAACCUCAAGGAAGAUGGAAUCACCGCUGCCAAGGAUGUGAAACUGCUGCUGCUGGGGGCUGGGGAAUCUGGGAAAAGCACCAUUGUGAAGCAGAUGAAAAUUAUCCAUGAAGAUGGAUUCUCAGGAGAGGAUGUCAAGCAGUACAAGCCUGUGGUUUACAGUAACACAAUCCAGUCUCUGGCAGCCAUUGUCCGUGCCAUGGACACUCUAGGCAUUGAGUAUGGUGACAAAGAAAGGAGGGCUGAUGCCAAGAUGGUGUGUGAUGUGGUGAGCCGCAUGGAAGACACAGAGCCUUUCUCUCCUGAGCUGCUAUCUGCCAUGAUGAGACUUUGGGCAGACUCUGGAAUUCAGGAAUGCUUCAACCGAUCCAGGGAAUACCAGCUUAAUGACUCUGCUAAAUACUACCUAGACAGUUUAGAUCGGAUCGGAGCUCCUGAUUAUCAGCCUACAGAACAGGAUAUCCUGCGAACCAGAGUGAAGACCACUGGCAUUGUAGAAACUCACUUCACCUUCAAAAACCUUCACUUCAGGCUGUUUGAUGUUGGGGGGCAGCGAUCAGAGCGUAAGAAGUGGAUUCACUGUUUUGAGGAUGUGACGGCUAUCAUCUUCUGUGUGGCACUUAGUGGGUACGACCAGGUCCUUCAUGAAGAUGAGACAACGAACCGGAUGCAUGAAUCCCUCAAACUUUUUGACUCCAUCUGUAACAACAAGUGGUUCACUGACACAUCCAUCAUUCUGUUCCUGAAUAAGAAGGAUAUCUUCCAAGAGAAAAUCAAGAGCUCUCCUCUCACUAUCUGCUUUCCGGACUACACAGGUCCCAACUUGUUCACCGAAGCCGUAGCACACAUACAGCAUCAGUAUGAGAGCCGGAACAAGUCUCAGAACAAGGAGAUUUAUACCCAUAUCACCUGCGCCACGGAUACCCAGAACAUCCAGUUUGUGUUUGAUGCUGUCACAGAUGUCAUCAUUGCCUAUAAUCUGCGCGGUUGUGGCCUUUACUAAGCGGCAGGCUUUCUGAAGCGGGAUAAUGAAGGCAGAGGAGCGACAGGAGGAGUCUUUGUACUCAGAUACAGCCAGACUUCUUUUUUUUUUUUUUUCUAUUAAUACUUAUGGUUGUAAUGAAUCCCCCGGUCAGCUGUUAUACAUUGCAUGUGCCAAUGCGCCUUUUCAUACAUUUUUCUCAGAUAUCUUGAGGAUUGCUUCAUAGCAGGAACCAUGGUUGACUAGGAUCUGCAUGAAAUUGUUGAGCGGCACUUCCUUCUGUAAGGCUCAGAUUGUCCUGCCCCACUGAAAUGUCUCUCUCAUGUGCUCAACAUGUAAAGGGUUAACCUUGAUUUUUGAAGUAGUACCCUGUUGUAGGUGGAUUGUAGUAUAUUCCAACUUUAAAUCAUCUGACUAGAUGGGCUGCAAGUGAAUCUCAUUUUGAAACAGGGUUCCUAAAAUAGCUGUCCAGUUACUGUACAUUAAGAAAUACUUUCCAAUAAUAGGUCAAAGUGCCAAAAUAACUUAAACCUUUCCAUGUCAGCUGUAUCAGUGUUAGAUACCUGAUUUGUAUUGACCACUAACCACUCUACUCACUAUAGUAAUGAUGCCACCAUUUCUCAGUCUACAAGUGGCCAUAGACGUUGUGAUAAAAUUGUACAAAGUUGUGUGUGUAUGUGUGUGGUUGACCAACUAUAACCAAUAUUCAUGUACUGUAUUAUGGAUAUCGGUUGGUUUAUUGACUGGGCAGGUUAAAACAUUUCAUCUGCCUAUGCACCAUAUCUGCCAAUCCAUGACCAGUCAAAUAUAUGAUGCCGUUGGCCCAUGGCCGCCUUUAUCAUUGGGCAGGAAAAACACAGAAGACCUCUUAUUGCAGCAGUUGUUAAAGAUGUAUAAGAUAGAUGCUAAAUGCUUCAUUCUGACAUGCCAUCUAACUUCAUAUCAUCAGAGAUCAAUUCCUGGUGUUUGAAUUACUUUAUUUCAUGUAAUACCCGCCAAUUUUUAGUGUGCAAUGGAGAAUUUUUAGUAAGCAAACUGUUUGUAAUAUUCUUGAGGGCAUGAAGUUAUUGACUCAACUUAUUGGAGAUACCCUAAUGAAGACAGAUUGCAUGAGCAGCACUGUCACACAGGUGGCAUCUAUAGGGUUAAUGCUGAAUAAAAAUAUAUUCAAAAAGCCACAUUUAUGUUGACUUGCCAUAACGAGGUUAGGUGUAUGCAAAUAUAAUUUAGGAUUUCUGUUAAUGAAGUUUGUACUUUAUCUCUCAGUACAUAAUUAGUAAACACAUAGCAUUUGCCCCUGUGUGAUACUUAUACUGGCUUCCUAUACAAUAAAAUAAAAUAUAAAACUAUAAAAAAAAGCCAGCUAGUGACAAGUAAAAUAAAGUCACAGGCACAAAAAAGUGUCAAGGUAUCUUUUUCUACAUCUUGCAGCACAUUCAAAAUAUGCAGAACACCAUUCCCUCCUAGUGCAUCACCGGUUGUACUGUUAAUCUGUCAAGAAAUCUCCACCUCUUCUAAAGUGCGGAACAGUAAUGUGCAACCAGGAGGUAACGAAAAGCAAAAUCUACUUUGCGUUUUAUCUCAAUCAUUUCUGCUUAAAUAGGCAUUAAGUCAUUGAGCUGUCCUAUCAUAGGCUGUCUUGGCCGAGGCUUUCCCCAUGGCCAUGACUGUUAAUCUUGGAAUAUUAUAUGUUGCUCUCACUCAUUAUCUGGAUUUGUUGGAUUGUGUGAGGCAGACUGCAGGUCAUUUCUACAUAAACCCUACUUACAAAUGAUGUAUUUUACCUUUUAUUUCUUGGAACACUUUUGUAAUGUGUUCUGGUUUCUUAGUUGAAGCUGGUUAAAGCCAACAUU